ACUGUCUUGAGUUCUUCUUGAAUUGCCAGUUUUCAGCCUCCUCAUGCCUCCGUCUCCUUUAGACGACAGGGUAGUAGUGGCACUGUCUAGGCCUGUUCGACCUCAGGAUCUCAACCUUUGUUUAGACUCUAGCUACCUUGGCUCUGCCACCCCAGGCAGUAACAGCCACACUCCUGUCAUCGCCACCACCGUUGUAUCCCUCAAGGCUGCGAAUCUGACGUAUAUGCCCUCAUCCAGCGGCUCUGCCCGCUCCCUGAAUUGUGGAUGCAGCAGUGCCAGCUGCUGCACUGUGGCCACCUACGACAAGGACAAUCAGUCCCAAACCCAAGCCAUUGCUGCUGGCACUGCUACCACUGCCAUCGGAACCUCUACCACCUGUCCUGCUAACCAGAUGGUCAACAACAAUGAGAGUACAGCCUCUUUAAGUCCAUCAGGUGUGGUGGGCAGCCCUGUGUCAGGGACCCCCAAGCAGCUAGCUAGCAUCAAAAUAAUCUACCCCAAUGACUUGGCGAAGAAGAUGACCAAGUGCAGCAAGAGUCACCUGCCGAGCCAGGGUCCUGUCAUCAUUGACUGCAGGCCCUUCAUGGAGUACAACAAGAGUCACAUCCAAGGAGCUGUCCACAUUAACUGUGCCGAUAAGAUCAGCCGGCGGAGACUGCAGCAGGGCAAGGUCACUGUCCUAGACUUGAUUUCCUGUAGGGAAGGCAAGGACUCUUUCAAGAGGAUCUUUUCCAAAGAAAUUAUAGUUUAUGAUGAGAAUACCAAUGAGCCGAGCCGAGUGAUGCCCUCCCAGCCACUUCACAUAGUCCUGGAGUCCCUGAAGAGAGAAGGCAAAGAACCUCUGGUGUUGAAAGGUGGACUUAGUAGUUUCAAGCAGAACCACGAAAACCUCUGUGACAACUCGCUGCAGCUGCAGGAGUGCCGGGAGGCGGGCGCCGCGGCCGCGGGGCUGGCCCAGCCGCUCCCCGCCACCCCCGACCUCGAGAGCGCCGAGCUCACGCCGGUGCUGCCCUUCCUGUUCCUUGGCAACGAGCAGGACGCGCAGGACCUGGACACCAUGCAGCGGCUGAACAUCGGCUAUGUCAUCAACGUCACCACGCACCUGCCCCUGUACCACUACGAGAAGGGCCUGUUCAGCUACAAGCGGCUGCCGGCCACCGACAGCAACAAGCAGAACCUGCGGCAGUACUUCGAGGAGGCCUUCGAGUUCAUCGAGGAAGCUCACCAGUGUGGGAAGGGGCUUCUCAUCCACUGCCAGGCGGGAGUGUCACGCUCUGCCACUAUCGUCAUUGCUUACUUGAUGAAGCACACAAGGAUGACCAUGACUGAUGCUUAUAAAUUUGUCAAAGGCAAACGACCAAUUAUUUCCCCAAACCUUAACUUCAUGGGGCAGUUGCUAGAGUUUGAAGAAGACCUCAACAACGGUGUGACACCGCGAAUCCUUACACCAAAGCUGGUGGGCGUGGAAACGGUGGUGUGACAGCAGCCGGGACAGAAAGGAUUCCUGCUGUCCAUCAGGAGACGAAGAGGAAGGAGGACGGAUUCUGUUUGUUCUCUCUUUAUUUUUUUAUUUGGGGGUGAAGUUUGUGAACAGAACAAACUUGUUUAAAAACUUUAUUUUUAACAAGUGUGAGAAGAUUAUAACUUUUGAUGCCAUUGAGAUUCACUUCCCACAAACUGACAAAACAGGGAGGCUAAAGAAGUCAUUUUUUAAAGCCAACAAUAAAAAUAUAAUACAACUUGUUUCUCCCCCUUUGCUUUUAAGCUAUUUGUAGAGUUUAUGACUAAAUAGUCUGUGCAGGUUCAUAGACCGAAGAUACUAUACUUUAAACCAAUUAAAAAGAACCAAAAGUAAAUAGAAAAGACACUGAAUCAUGAAGGCCUGGGAUCCGCUGGGCCAUUCAUCUGGAAAACAAAAACCCAACCAAACCAAGCCCUGUCGUGCUCACUGGUGCAAAGAGAAGAUCAGGGCAGCUUAAGUGGUCUAAGAACCCUUCACACAUUCUUUAAAGAGACAAAAGAUACUGUUAAUUUUGUGUUUUGUGCUCUGGAUUUUUUUUCCCCUUUCUCUAGGUUUAAGAGAUUUUUCAAAAUGGCAAGGAACUGACUGUUAUACCAUAUGCCUUCACUGGCUUCUUGUGCAAUAAUAUGGUGUUUUGAGUGUGCAAACAAGUUAGAGCUGGCAGUGAAUGAAAAUAAGUAGUGCAAAUUUGCCAGCUUGGAGAUAGAAAAGAAUUCAACAAUACCAGUUACUUUCCUUCCCUUUUUACUUUUCCCUUUUUUUGUUUUUUGUUUUUUUGAUUUGAUUCUGAUUACAGUGCCAUAAAUCUUGUUAUGUAUGUAUAUCAGAAUGUAAAAAAAAAAAAAUUUAUUUAAAAAUAUUUUUUGCAAAAAAAUCUUGGUGUGUUUCUGUUGAUUGUGUAAAAAAUUAUUUUCAUUUAUAUAAAUGACACU